UAUUGCUUGUCCGAGCUCUCCAUUGGGCCUGCGUAUAGCACUGGGCUCCAGCUGGACACGCAAAGAAUGCAACAGCAAACGCCGCAAAAACGCUUUGAAUUCCGGGCCUUGGCACCACCCGCACCGCCACCUUCCGCCCGGCCCUCAGAUGCCCAGCAUAACAAUAUAUCCCCGCCGCCGACACCCUUGGAGAUUUGCCCAGAUGGCAUUGUCCUGCACAUCGACCCGGCCCCGGCGAUGCACGGAAUGGAGUGCGAGCCUCGGCCAUUGGCACGGCACACGCUGUGGGCUUCGUUGCGGGACGAGGCGCGUCGCCGUGCUGUCAGCGCCUGAACAAGCCUGGUGUACGGGUGUCGCUGCCCUCCCGGCGGAGACUAUACGCCCGAUGCUCACAAAGCAUGCGAAUUGCGGGAAACCUCAGAUCUUGUUUUUCGGCCACCAACAGCGCUUCUUCUUCCUGUUGAACAAAACACCUCUUUCCGCCCCCGUCCAGAAAACCAUGUUGUCCAAGCAAUUUGCCCGUGGCUUUG